UCCGUCGCUUCUCGUUGUGAUGGAUUGUCUUGGAACAACUCCUACGAGGCGGCAUAUGGUGUUGUUAUAUUCAAUUGCCAUGGUUAAAUUUGUAUCGGGGAACCUAAAUGUGUGCUUUGUACCACUAUAUAUGAUGAACGAGCUUAAUUUAACCAAUUAAUUAACUGUUAUACUUUGCGGGAAAACAAGCCUAAUGCUAGGAGAGCUGGAGAGGGAGUGAGCAAAGAGAAAUAAGGUCAAAAUAAGGUAGCAAGUGAAUAAGGUAAAGGAACAGCAAAAAAGAAGAGUUCAGUGGGCAGCAGCAGUAAAAGCUCUGCACCGUACAAUCUUCAGAGAGAAAGAAAGGGAGAGGGAGAGUGUCAGGUGGUGCAGGUGCAGGUGUGCAGAUGUAGAGAGAGAGAGAGAGAGCAGUGAGCAGAGGGCCAGGCAUUGCAUUGGCUUCAGACACCCACACCCACCAACUUUUCCUCUCUUCCCCUUUCUCUUUUCACAGUGUCUUUAUUUAAUGCACUCUUCUUUGGUUUUAUGGGUUUCCGCAGAGUUGUCAGAGACAAAGCGCUGCCAAAAACAGGCAGCUUGCUCCUGCCACCCAACGCAGCAGCUGCUUGCCUGCAGCAGGCCAGGCAGUCAUAAUAUGACUACAGUCCCCACCUCCUCUCUUACUGCUGCAGAGUGCAGAGUUUGAAAGAAAGAUUGAAAUUUUUAUAUGCCAGACUCUCCCUCUGCUCUGCACUGCACCAUUAUAUCUUGUCAGGCAGGCAGCUGCACCACCUCCACCAUUAUCAAUCAGCAGCAGCAUUAGUUUCUAAUCGUUCUUUCUUUUCCCUCUGCAAGUAUGCUUUCUUUCUUCCUUUUUCCCCUUUUACCUUCCCUCUCUUCAAUCACACAAAAGAUUCUGCAUAACUCAAACGGUCGCUGAAAUAAAUAUACCUACUCUACCUCCUCUUCGCUAUUUCCCUUCUCCUUCUCCUACUUCUUCUUCUAUCAACCUUUUUAAGUUCUUCAUAUAAUAAAGUGGGGAAUCUCAAAUCAAACACCAAAACCCACUUCCCUUUUCUCCUUUCAGUAGUUCAGUCCCCCCCGCUUCUCUUCUUCUUAUUAUCUGGUAUUCUUGCUCUCCUGCUGCGCGUGACGUGAUGAGUGGAAGAAGCAGCAGGUUCCCCUUCACUGCAAAUCAAUGGCAAGAGCUAGAGCAUCAAGCAUUAAUAUUCAAAUACAUGGUAUCAGGAAUCCCCAUCCCACCUGAUCUCCUCUUCACCAUCAAAAGAAGCUCUUCUUCCUCUCCUUGCAGCAGCUUCGACUCCGCAGUUCUCUCCUCCAAGCUCUUCCCUUCUCAAUCUCCCCACGUGGGAUGGAGCUGCUUCCAGUUGGGUUUGGGGAGGAAAAUAGACCCGGAGCCAGGGAGAUGCAGAAGAACCGACGGCAAGAAAUGGAGGUGUUCGAAAGAGGCAUACCCAGAUUCCAAGUACUGCGAGAGACACAUGCACAGAGGUAAAAACCGUUCAAGAAAGCCUGUGGAAGUUGCUGCUACUAAUGCUACUACUACGACCCUAUCAAUGACCAACAACAAGAACUCAACAUCGUCAUCAUCAUCUCCAACACUCGCCAACCAUUCCUCCCCUUAUGCUCACACCUCCCUUUCUUUGCUCUCUUCUUCUUCGGCUGCUGAUGACCACCAUGAUCAUCGUCUUCACCAAUCCCAUUACCAAAAUCCUCCUUCUACUUACAACCACCAUCACCUACUUUCUUCCUCUCACCCAUCCGUCGCUGCUCGACACCGCCCUCCCGACUCCACCAGCUUGCUUCUCGACUCUGCUGGGUACUGCUCCCUCACCACCGCGGAUUUCAGGAGCCGGAGCAUUUACGGGCUGAAAGAAGACGUCGAUCACGAGCGCGCAUUCUUCUCGGAGACAUCUGGGUCGAUGAUGAGAAGCGCCUCCGACGACCCAUGGCGACUGAGUCCACUGGGUAUCAACUCGUCGUCGUCGUCAUCAUCUUCCUCAUCGUCUUCGAAACAGAGGAGCUCGUCUGGGCUACAGAGCGAUUACUCGUACCUCCAGCUUCAGAGCAACCUGCAGAGCGAGGAGAGUUAUUCCACCAAGCAAAGUAACCAUGGGGACGGCAAGGGUCAAACCAUGCUCAGGUUCGACAGAGGAGGAGGAGAAGAGCCCCAAAAGACAACGGUUCAUCGAUUCUUCGAUGAAUGGCCGCCGCCCAAGAACAAGGAUCAGUCGCCGUCAUGGCUCGAUUUGGACAGCAGCACCCGGCUCUCCAUCUCCGUCCCCAAUUCAUCGUCGCUCGACUUCCCAAUCUUCAACUCCAGAACCCAUCAUCAUCAUUGAUUAACGCUAAUCCUCCAUGGGUAAAAAAUAAUUACUGCAAUUGAAACUCCGGUUUUUACAGUUUUUUUUUUCCCUUCUUGUUUUUGUGUUUGGAACUGAUAUAACUUUUCCUCUUGUCUUUUUCCCUUGCAGAUGGUUGGGAGUGUUCUUCUUUUUCUUUGAACUUUUUGCUUGUACUUGUGUUCCAGUUGGUGGUUGUGGACUUGUGGUGGAACAACCCUUUUGUAUUUUAUUUUGGUGGUUAGGUCUAAUCUUCUCAACAAUAUUCAGUGUCGGGGUAUAGCUACGCGUAGUCCAGAAGUGACUGCUACUCCGUAGCAUAUAGUCCGAUGUUACAAUGUAUUAAUGUGUGUAUGUAUAUCUUAAGAGUGGUAAGACGAUUGGCCUAUAACUUCCUCGCGCGCAAGACCGUAAACUAGAUCACGAAUACAAAAUUCUAAAUCCUGGAUUCGGUCUCUGGGCGUGUGUAUUUGUGCCUGUAUGUAUCAAUCAGAAUCAAUGUAAUUGGAAUUUGCCUAACAAUUUAUGUGAUGUGGGGAUUAGAAGAGGAUCCUAUGUAUCUCUGUCUUGCACUUAGUGUUGUUGUCAUGUUUCAGUUGAGAGCACAUUCAAAAGAAUUGAAAUGGGUAGAUAGAUUGAAUGACAGACAGACCAAAUCUGUACUAAUGUUUUUGUUUGUUUGUUUGUUUAUCGCGACUUACAAGAAAGAUAGUGAGAGAUGUGUGGUAAAAAGAGAUGUAUGAAGAAGUGAAUGGUGGUAAUGAUGGACUGAACUGUGUGCAAAUUUGUCUUUUAAGCAGUGUACAUUAAACCGUACCGACGGUUCAACCACGAAAUACCAGUAUUGGAGGCUAAACCGAUAUGCGGUAUUUACUGGUAUAACGGUUGAACUACGAUUAAACCACAGUUUUACCAUAAAAUAUGCUAACACUGACUUUCCCGGUACGGUUUCAUGGACCAUGCUUUUAAGUUGAGUCACAUUGGGGGUUUGUUUGGCUGUUUAGCUUUAGCUUGCAAAUUUCUGUUCUUUUGUGUGUCUGCAGCAGCAACUUCCCCUGCUACUGAUACAAUGCUGCCAUGGGAUCUUAUUAUUGUUGCAGUGUUACUAUUAGCCCUACUACAUGGGCUGCCUGUACUCAUUGGCUUCAUCUUUGUUUGCUGACAACAAUCCAGACAAGUAAAAUAUUUGUUGUUAUUCCCAAAAUUCCAUUGCAAAAGAUGAGUCCACUUGAAGGGACUGGAUUCCUUCAAACUAAGGUUGUCAAACCGGUUUAUGUCAGUGUGCCGGUUUAGCAAGUGGAAUGGUUCAACCGGUGGUACAUACCGGUUUGUGUCGGUUCAUGCCGGUUAAUAUUAUAAAUAAUUUACAAAUUCUCAUAUUUAAACACAACAUUUAACGUCAAUACCUAAAUAUUUGUACUUGAAUCCAACAAAUAACAUCAACAUUUAACUUUUUAACACAUAAAAUAAAUAAUAAAUUACUUUUUAUCAAUUAAAUUCACUAAGAUAAGAGCAUUUUAUUUGGAGAUUCGUAUAUCGAUCAUGCCGGUCAUACCGGUGGUGUCAUGCCGGUUUUAUGACAGGUACAGGUUAAACCAGAUUGAACCAGUGGCACGCCGGCCGGCGUGACAACCAUGAUUCAAACCCAUUCAAUUCUUUUGUGAUAUAUAAAUAUAAGUAUAUGGAUUGGAUCUGUUGUGUAAAACUGUACAUAAUAUGUUCUUUAGAGAGAAAAACAAGCAUUCACUAGAGAAAUGGAAUUUAACAUUUUUUAGUGUUAUCGCUGCAAAAAAGGAAGAAAAAUCCAACUUCUCUAACUUACAAGAUAUAAGGUUGUUUUUCACUUUCAGGAGAUGUAUGAAAUCUCUCAAUAAACCAAUGUAGUCGAAUUAUAGGUUUCAUGUAGAGAAAGAAGGCACCGUAAAAGUACAAGCGUAAGCUUUCAUAAUUUACAGAAAAAAUAGAUGUAAAAAUAGAAGAAUAAGCUUCUAGGUUUUGAAGCUAAGCUUUUAACCAGAAUCGAACUAUCUCGUCAAACAUCUUUAUCCUCAUGGGUCGGAUGGUGUGGGUUUCGUAAUUUUAAUUAUCCAACCAAUGCACUUCGAUUUUGAAAAUGCUAAAUCUUAACUCACCUAACGAUUUGUUCAUGAUCGACUUAGGUUGUGUGGACUAUAUUUUUAAGUAAAAACUAACACUAAAAAAAAUACAACUAUUCUGCACCAUAAAAAAAUAAAAUAAAAAACAAUUAAAAUUUGAAGCAAAUAAACCAUUGUGAAAAGUGUAAAAUGUAGAGAAUUUGUUGCUUGGACUUUGAUGAAGUGCAAUUUGCUUUGACAUAUGUUUAAUAUUUUUCAUAUCUACCAAACAAGCUAAAGAUCUUAAUUAUUAUAAUUUAUAAGUGAAUACAUCAAUAAUACGUUACUCUUAUGAAAUUGUACACAAGAAAAAAAAAGACAAUAUGAUAUAGUCUGUAUUAGAUAUGCGUCAAAAUUUCCAGUAGAAGAAUGUACUAGCUCAGCGAGACAACAAGAAAAAUAUCAUAACUUCCUUAGAAAUAUGCUUGUAUACGACGCAACAAAGUUUUAGAUACAAAUUCUUAAUUAGAACAAUAGUUGUAACAUGGAUUGAGUCGAGUAUCUACAGGUUGUGUAACCUAAAACCCGCAUCCAGGCCCAAAAAAGCCUAUUUCCACAAAACAAAGCCCCUAACCCGACCUUAAACCUUAGUUUCUACAGUAAAUACGGGUGGGUUGGAUCGAAUUGCACGGGUGAAUUCGAUUAUGGUUCUUUUUUUGUUCACCCCUUAAACAAAAUCACAAGUCUUGUAGCUAGAUUUUAUGGUAAUACCAUAAAUCAGUCUUUGAAAUGUCACUAGGCCUAACACCCACCAUGUUCUUUAUUGGAGCCACAUGUGAUCCUGUGGUUAACAAAUUGAGGCACGAACG